UUCUCUGUCCUUUGAGGAAGGCUGAGAACAAGUCGGAAACUUGAGGAUGUAGCUGGGUUGGUUCGGAUGCGGGGAGAGUGGAGCACUAAGAGAAGAGGAAGAAAGGCCGGACGAUAUUUUGGACCCAUGCAUCUCAGUGAAGAGUGUCAGUUGUUCAAUACAAGGGAUUGGUAUCAUUUCUUCUCCCUAGAUUGCUUGGAGCAUGAGGCUGCAUGCCAUCUCAGGAACUCUGAAUGGGCCUCCACUAGGUAGCUGUUUGUUUUGAGCCUUUAGGCGAACUUUGCUUUUGUAAAAUUCUUUGUUUGUGGUGAGCUUGAAGGACUUAAACGUGGAGCAUGAAUUUGUGAGUUGCCAAAAACUAGCCCUCAAUACGUGGAAGUGCGCUUUGGUAACAAUCAACAUGAAUGUCUUGGAUCUGAUUUUGAAGAUGUGCAUAGUGCUGCAAAGCACAGUGGCCUUCAAGAGACGUGGAGGGGGUAUUGAUGUAUCAACUCAUUCCAAAACGGAUCGAAAUUUGCAUGUUCAUUUGCAUUUUCCCACGCAAAGUCCUGACAAGGUUCCUUCGAUUUCUUCUCACAACGAUGUUCACGAGUCUCAUUUUCACUCCAAUUCCUCCAACACUCUUGGAGUGGAAAAUGAUCUUUACAAACCCUGGUUAAGAGUUGGCAUUGUGUUGCCUCGGCAUUUCUUUCGUCAGCGACUUUACCAAUCGGUCAUCAGUCGCAGCCAAUCCGCCAUGGCUCAAAUUAGUUAUCGAAAUGAGAAGAAUUCACUUUUGGCCAAGAUCAAGCAAGAGUUCCAAUUUGAAUGGAGUUCCCGAUUGGAUAACGAGACAGAUUCCAUUAAUUUCGGUGAUCUGGAGGUGGCACCUCCACCAUCAGAUAUAACCAACUUGUUGUGCCAUCACUUUUCUAAUGGAUCAGCUGCCAUCAUUUAUUUCACAAACACGGAGAAGUUUGGUCGGUCUACGGCUGCAUCGCAAUAUUUCUUACAAAUGGCGGGAUUCUUGGGGAUCCCUGUUCUGGCUUGGAAUGCAGAUAAUACGGGGAUCGAAAAAGGAAGUGUGGCCUCGGGAUCGGAAUCCACAACCAAUCAUCUCCAACUAGCUCCAGGGAUCAAUCAUCAAGUUGCAGCUUUGCUGUCCAUUCUCGAUCGAUAUGGUUGGGAGCAAUUUGGCAUAGUCACGUCAGAAAUCGCAGGACAUGACGAUUUUGUUCAGGCCGUGCGAGAUCAAAUUUCGGAAGGCAAAUAUAAAAAGAGCAAAUACGUCGUUCAAGACAUGUUCAAAGUAACCGAAUCCAAUGGCUGGAGUUUCAAAGAGAUUGCUCAGAGCGAAGCCAGGAUCUUCCUCCUUUAUUGCACACAAGCGGAAGCUUCCAUUCUAAUGGAACAGGCCGACAAAUAUGGAUUAGUUUCCUCCAAAUACCUAUGGCUGGUCACGCAAUCCGUUGUGGGCAAUCCGAGUGAUCGAAGUUUCAACCGUCGAGUCUUGCCAGUGGGUAUGCUAGGGGUUCACUUUGAAGUUGACUUGGAAGAAGUUCUCGAGUCAUUCCUGACAAAGGCCAUGGAGGUAUUUUUCACGGGUGUGUUGGACAUGCACGAAAAGGGGCGCAAGGAUCUGGAUUUUUCUCUCGAUUGUCAAGGGGGCGGGAACUCGGGAGAGCAUCGGUGGGCCACUGGAACUCAAUUUUACAAAUUCCUUCAAAAUGUGUCAAGGCCGGAGUAUGAUCGCUCCAAGAUGGAUUCCCCAAAUAUGUUCGAAGUGGAUGGGUCCAUUGCUUACGCCGAAUUAAGAGUAGUCAAUUUCAAACCAAGCUCCAAAUUCGAUAGCUUUGCCGGUUUUUGGGAUGAGGUCGGCACAUGGGAUAGUAAUAAGGGCCUCGACAUCAAGGAUAUUGUUUGGCCUGGCGGGAGUCAUUUGCCACCCGAGGGAGUCCCGGAGAAAUUUCAUGUCCGCAUCACCUUCCUCGAGGAGCCACCUUUCAUCAUUGUGAGUGAUCCGGAUCCCAUCUCGGCCAAGUGUUCUAUGAAUCGCGGAGUGCCCUGCGAAGUACCAGUCACACCAGAAAUGAAGGAGUAUGGAAAUAUGAGCUCGGUUGGUAAAUGUUGCUCGGGUUUAUGCAUUGAUCUUCUCCGCAAAUUCGAGGAUGACUUGGGCUUUACCUAUGACUUAACUCGAGUGGCGGAUACGAGAUGGGGUACCUUAGAAAACGGGAAAUGGAACGGUCUCAUGCGAGAACUCGUGGAAAAGAAAACGGAUUUGGUCUUGUCGGCCUUGAAAGUAAGCGCUGAACGCGAGGCCGCGGUGGAUUUUACCAUUCCAUUCUUGGAGGCUGGUAUCGCCAUUUUGGUGGCAAAACGAACGGGCAUCAUUUCACCCACAGCGUUUCUUGAACCCUUUGACUCUUCAUCUUGGAUGUUGGUGGGCAUCGUCGCCAUUCAAGCCGCAGCUCUUUCAAUUUUUUUCUUCGAGUGGCUGUCGCCAUCAGGCUACGACAUGAAGGUUGUGCCUUCCAAAUCUGAGCAUCGUUUUUCAUUAUUUCGAACCUACUGGUUGGUUUGGUCAGUGCUGUUCCAGGCAUCGGUGCACAAAGAUUGUCCCCGAGGCUUGACUGCCAGAUUCAUGUCGAGUGUGUGGGCCUUGUUUGCCGUGGUCUUUUUGGCCUUAUACACAGCUAAUUUGGCCGCUUUCAUGAUCCCACGAAAGGAGUUCCACGACUUUAAAGGCAUUGAUGAUGUUCGAAUCAGCAAUCCCUUGAGUCAAAAGCCCAUGCUGAAGUAUAGUACUAUUCCUUAUUCGUACAGUGAAGUGACACUUCAAAAUCAUCAUCCGACAGUGUUUAAUUACAUGAAGCACUUCAAUGUUGUCUACAACACCACCAAAAAAGCUAUCAAAGCCGUCAAAGACGGAUCCUUGGAUGCAUUUAUAUACGAUGGUAUGGUUUUGAAUUACAUUGCCUCUCAAGACGAAGAAUGUCGUCUGCUUCAAGUGGGUUCUUGGGCGGCCAUGACGGGUUAUGCGAUUGCUUUCCCUUCGCAUUCCAAAUACAAAAACAUGUUUAAUGAAAAGAUUCUCGAGCUUCGCGAAAACGGUGAUUUGGAAAGGCUGAGCCGAUUUUGGAUGAGUGGUAUGUGCAAACCCAAUGAGCAAGAAAAACGGGCAUCGGAGCCAUUGACCGUUUCCCAGUUCCUUUCGGCAUUUUUCCUAUUGGGUAUUGGGACCAUCAUAUCUGUGCUUCUGUUACUAUUGGAACACAUCUACAUGAAGUAUUUUCAAGAUUCACUCCUUGACAAGCCCAAGACAGCUCAACUUUGUUCUUUGAUCAGUUUGAGUGUAGGCCAUCGAUUUGUACGAUCCAAAAGCCUGAGUCAAGGAUUACCCUCACGAAUCUCAACCGCUAUCAAUGGCGAUUCGAUCAAUGGAGCUUCUCCAUUUGGCCAUCAUUGGCAACACAGUUGUGGCAGUCGGACCUGCUCUUCCACUCUCCAUCAGUUGGAGGAGGAGCUCGAGGACGCUCUCAUUCAAAUCAAUCAUCUCGAGGAUCAAAUCAAGCAGGUUGAGGCCAUUGAUUGUCUGAAGAACGGAGGUCAGAAAAAGAAUCUCGAGAAUGAUAGGUCGACCGAGAGUCUGGCCAAUGCCACCGACACCGCUGAAGAUUUGAUACUAUCGCAAAUGUCAGGCGAAGAAGACGACGAAGAUGAAUCUGUGGGGUUUCUCGAUGAAGAUGGCAUCCAGGAGAGCUUAUGUACUUCUGACACACCCCGUUCGAUCGGCAUGGGCUCGGGCGUGAGUGAUUCAAAUCUGUUAAAGCCUUUAAGGGGUCAAGUAGUGACCAAGGAGACAGUCCUAUAAAGCAUUCAUCUCGGAGCAUCACGAAUCGCAGGCCAGCUGUCGUUAGCUCGCUCAGCAUUGCGAGCCGAACUUUAAUGAGCCUGACCAUUCGAUGCAGAUGGCGCCUCUCAAAGUGGGCGUGGUCAGCCUCGUUUCCGUCUGAGGGCGAUUAAACAAGAAUAGGAUGAUGGGACACAUGCCCCAAGAACCCAGUCGAACCCAUGCUCAAGACGAUUGAACUAACUUAAUGUCUCUUCAUGUCAACUUUUUAACUGUGGUAGAUGUUGUUCUCAUGUUUAAAAGUGACCGUCAAUAAAACUUAUAUUUUCAUUCUUGA